AUGACAAAACAAGCCAGUUUAGCACCGGGGAGGCAACAGGAGCGCUUCAGAGGAAGCACACCAACUUUUGUGGAGGAGCCGUGUUCACUUAACAGGAAGACCAGCUCAAAGUGGAUCUUUAUCGACAUUUUUAAUUAAAAAGGGGGAUAAGAAAGAGAAAACUUUGGAGCUUUUCCAAAGUUUCCAAGGCAAAGUUUUGAGCAGCCUGUCAAAGCCAGUGCUGGGAGCUGCAAACAUCUGCCUGCACGCUCACCGCCCUGCCGGCAUGGACCGGGACAGUCGCAGCGAGGACACACUGUCCACUAUCGUCCUGGAGAACAUCAAGAACAAACUGAUCCAUGCCUUCAAAGUGACGACAGAGACGAGAGAAGGUCCUCAGGUCUCCGGCUGCAGUAUCAGACCGCUCAGCAUGAGCAGGAGUUACCAAGCCAACGAAGAGCUGAGGCGAGCACAGAUAGAUGGAGCAAUAACCUGGCUCAGGUCUGAACUGCAGGAAAUGCGCACGCAGGAUCUCCAGCUGGCUCAGACGCUGCUGGGGCUCAACACGGAGAUCCAGAGACUAAGGAGGGAAAGUUUUGGGGCUGUGGAAGUGGAGGCUGAUGAUCAGCAGUAAGCAGCCCCAGGGAAUCCAUCCUCCCUCGCAAGAACACAGAAGACACCUUUGCAUUAGAGAUUCCUCUAAUGCAGAUUUUUUUUUUAAAAUCGAACGCUUUUGCUUAUACAGGACUGUCUCAGAAAAUUAGAAUAUUGUGAUAAAGUUCUUUAUUUUCUGUAAUGCAAUUAAAAAACAAAAAUGCCAUACAUU